AUGCCAGCGCCCCCUCCUCCCGGCCCGCAGACGCUGUUCCUGCAGGACAACAGCAUCGCGCUCCUGGAGCCAGGCGCCCUGGCGCCGCUCACCGCCCUGCGCCGUCUCUAUCUGCACAACAACAGCCUGCGCACCCUGGAGCCCGGGGCCUUCCGCGCACAACCGCGCCUGCUCGAGCUGGCGCUCACAGGCAACCGGCUGCUCGGCUUGCGCGGCGGCGCCUUCGCGGGCCUGGCCCAGCUGCGCGUUCUCUACCUGGCGGGCAACCAGCUGGCGCGGCUGCUGGAUUUCACCUUCUUGCACCUGCCGCGACUGCAGGAGCUGCACUUGCAAGAAAACAGCAUUGAGCUGCUGGAGGACCAGGCUUUGGCUGGGCUCUCCUCCCUGGCGCUGCUGGACCUCAGCAGGAACCAGCUGGGCACCAUAAGCCGCGAGGUCCUGCAGCCACUGGCCAGCCUGCAAGUCCUGCGCCUCACAGAGAACCCAUGGCGCUGUGACUGCGCCCUGCACUGGUUGGGCACCUGGAUCAAGGAGGGGGGCCAGCGGCUGCUCAGCUCCAGGGACAAGAAGAUCAUGUGCGCAGAGCCCCCGCGCCUGGCCCUUCAAAGUCUCCUGGACGUAUCCAGCAGUAGCCUCAUCUGCAUUCCACCCUCUGUGCACGUGGAGCCGCUGGAGCUCACAGCCAACCCGGGUGAGGAUCUGCGGGUUGCCUGCCAGGCCUCCGGCUACCCGCAGCCCCUGGUGACCUGGAGAAAGGUGCCCCAGCCCCUCGACGGCCGGCCGCGGGCCCAAGCCCAGCUAGAGGGCGGGGCGCCGGGACUGGGCAGGCACGCGACCUCGGACACGGGCAGCGGCAUGCUCUUCCUCGCCAACAUCACGCUGGCGCACGCCGGCAGGUACGAGUGCGAGGCCUCCAACGCCGGCGGCGCCGCCCGCGUGCCCUUCCGGCUUCUCGUCAACGCGUCCCGGCAGCAGCCACGGCGGCCGAAUCGCCACGCUGGUCCUGGACGCCGCUGUGGGAUCUUGGGACCCCAAGGUGGCCCAGAAGGGACCAAGGACUAG